UCACUUAGCUAGCUAGCUAGUUCUUUAUUUUUAUUUUUAGCCAAGUUGUGCUAGUCAGCUAGCCUUUGAACUGAACGCGUACGUUAAGAGGCCUGUAAAGCUAGUUAGCCUAUUAGCCACUUAGCUUAUUCUUCUCGCUAUAUAGGCAGCACAAGCUUACCUGCUGUCUAGCUAGCUAGCUCAAACGUUAGCUAGUUCCUAAAUUAUAAUUUUGCUCAAAUCGAUCAGACCUACUCUGCUUAUGUUUUUCCGUGGAAUGAGCAUUCCAUGUGUUCUCCUCAGCAUGAAUGAAGUGGGCUGGCAGGAGACGCGGAGCGGGAUGCUACAUGCUAACGGCGCGCAGGAGGCCACGGGCGUCCGGGGGCCCGGGGCCGGAGCCUUGGCCAGCGCCGGGCCGGUCCCCGUCGGGCCCCCGCCACCCCAGGCCCUGGAUGGGGGCCCCAACCCCCACGCCCUGGCCCCGGUCUCGGCGGCGGGUGUCCCGGGGCCCCAGGCUCCCCUCAGCGGGAGGUCCCAGGACGACGCCACGGUGGGGUACUUCUUCCAGAGACAGCCCGGGGAGCAGCUCAGCGGCUACACCAGCAAACACCGCUGGCCGACGGGGGACAGCAUCCACGUCGACCAGGUACGGCCGGGUCGGUCCGUAGAUGAUAUGAACCAUGACUUCCAGGCCCUGGCCCUGGAGUCUCGAGGAAUGGGGGAGCUGCUGCCGGCGAAAAAGUUCUGGGAAUCGGACGAGUCAGCCAAGGACGGGCAGAAGGGCAUCUUUCUGGGAGAGGAGUGGAGGGAGAACGCCUGGGGAGCGUCCCAUCACUCCGUGUCUCAGCCCAUCAUGGUGCAGCGGAGGCCGGGGCAGAGUUUCCACGGUAACAGCGAGGUGAACUCAGUGCUGUCUCCGCGCUCGGAGAGCGGCGGCCUGGGCGUCAGCAUGGUGGAGUACGUCCUCAGCUCCUCCCCCGGCGACAAGCUGGACGGCCGCUACCGGAAGGGGGCCUACGGCGGGGCGGACGCCGAGCCAGACGGGACGGAGAAGGGGGACGCGAAGGACAAGCCGUCCCCGUACGAAGAGGACAAGAGCCGGGAGAUGGCGCCGGGAGAGGCGGACGACGUCGCCAAGGCCAACGGCCGCGGCCUGCCCAACGGCAUGGACGGCGACUGCAAGGACUUCAACCGCACCCCCGGCAGCCGCCAGGCGUCCCCCACAGAGGUGGCGGAGCGGAUGGGUCCCCCCCAGCCCGGCCCGGAGAUGAUGGGCCAGCACCCACACCCACACCCACACCAGCACCAGCACCAACAUCAGCACCAGCACCAGCAUCAGCACCAGCACCAGCACCAGCACCCAGGCCAGACCAUGAGCAAGCCCCCUGCCGAGGAGUUCCAGAACCAGGAGGCCCAGAACAUGGACAGCAUGGAGCAGGUCGGGCUGGAGUCGCUCCAGUUCGACUACGCUGGAAACCAGGUGCAGCUGGACUCCUCCGGGGCCGCGGUCGGCCUGUUCGACUACAACUCCCAGCAGCAGCUGUUCCAGAGGCCAAAUCACCUGCAGGUGCAGCCUCUCACUGCUGCUCAGCAACAGUAUGCCCUGGCUGCAGCCCAGCAACAACACAUAGGGCUCCCUCCCACCGCCUUCAUGCCAAACCCCUACAUCAUAAGCACGGCCCCCCCCGGCACGGACCCCUACACUGCCGCUGGGCUCGCCGCCGCCGCCUCUCUCGCAGGUCCCACCGUGGUUCCACCGCAGUACUACGGGGUCCCCUGGGGGGUGUACCCCGCCAACCUCUUCCAGCAGCAGGCAGCGGCCGCCGCCGCCAACAACUCGGCCAAUCAGCAAGCAGCAAACCAGGGGCAGGGCCAACAGCAGGUGAUGCGCGCGGGUAACAGCCAGCGCCCCCUCACCCCAGGGCAGGGGCAGCAGAGCCAGCAGGAGUCCCUGGCGGCCGCUGCCGCGGCCAAUCCCGCGCUGGCGUUCGGUCAGGGCCUGGCCACUGGCAUGCAAGGCUAUCAGGUUUUGGCCCCGGCUGCCUACUACGACCAGACUGGUGCCUUAGUCAUGGGCCCCGGGGCCCGGACCGGUCUCGGGGGGCCAAUGAGACUGGUGCAGACCCCUGUGCUGAUCAACCCAGCCGCUGCGCAAGCAGCUGCCGCGGCCUCUGCAUCCGGUUCCGGGAACAACCUGGGGGGUGCGGCCAACGGGCUCUUCCGUCCAAUCAGCUCGCAGCAGCAGCAGCAGCAACAACAGCAGCAACAGCAGCAGCAGCAACAACAACAGCAGCAGCAGCAACAACAGCAGCAGCAGCAACAGCAACAGCCGCCCCACCCCAACAACAGCAUGCAGUCCAGCUCCUUCUACGCCUCCAGCUCCCAGAGCAGCUCCCUGUUCUCCCACGGGCCGGGCCCCCAGCCCACCAACUCCUCCCUGGGCUUCGGAGGCACCGGGUCCCUGGGGGCCGCCAUCGGCUCCGCCCUGGGGGGGUUCGGGUCCUCAGGAAGCUCCGUCAGUAACAGCGCCCCCCGCAGGGACUCCCUGUCUACGAGCUCGGACCUGUACAAGCGCAGCGGCAACAGCCUGGCUCCCAUUGGCCAGCCGUUCUACAACAGCCUGAGCUUCUCCUCCUCGCCCAGCCCAAUCGGGAUGCCCCUGCCCAGCCAGACCCCGCCCCCGUCCCUGUCAUCGCACGGCUCCUCCUCCAGCCUGCACCUGGGCGGGCUGACCAAUGGGAGCGGGCGGUACAUCUCGGCGGCGCCGGGCGCGGAGGCCAAGUUUCGCAGCGCGGGGAGCGGCUCCAGCCUGUUCAGCUCCGGGAGCAGCCAGCUGUUCCCCCCAUCCCGCCUGCGCUACUCCCGCUCCGACAUCAUGCCCUCCGGCCGCAGCCGGCUGCUGGAGGACUUCCGCAACAACCGCUUCCCCAACCUGCAGCUCCGGGACCUGCUGGGCCACAUCGUGGAGUUCUCCCAGGACCAGCACGGCUCCAGGUUCAUCCAGCAGAAGCUGGAGCGGGCCACGCCCGCCGAGAGGCAGCUGGUGUUCAGCGAGAUCCUGCAGGCCGCCUACCAGCUCAUGACCGACGUCUUCGGCAACUACGUCAUCCAGAAGUUCUUCGAGUUUGGCAGUAUGGAUCAGAAGCUGGCCCUGGCAACUCGUAUCCGGGGUCAUGUGCUGCCCCUGGCCCUGCAGAUGUACGGCUGCAGGGUGAUUCAGAAAGCGCUGGAGUCCAUCUCCUCCGACCAGCAGGUAAUCAGUGACAUGGUGCGGGAGCUGGACGGCCAUGUUCUGAAGUGUGUGAAGGAUCAGAACGGGAACCACGUGGUGCAGAAGUGCAUCGAGUGUGUGCAGCCGCAAGCCCUGCAGUUCAUCAUCGACGCCUUCAAGGGCCAGGUGUUUGUGCUGUCGACCCACCCGUACGGCUGCAGGGUGAUCCAGCGCAUCCUGGAGCACUGCACCCAGGAGCAGACCCUGCCCAUCCUGGAGGAGCUGCACCAGCACACCGAGCAGCUCGUGCAGAAAUAUCAAGGAGUUUCAUUGGAGAUGACAUCCAAAACAUUUUAUACAGUGUCAAGCGAUGCGCUCUUCAAGGAUCAGUACGGGAAUUACGUCAUCCAGCACGUUCUGGAGCACGGGCGCUCCGAGGACAAGAGCAAGAUCGUGGCCGAGAUCCGGGGGAAGGUCCUGGCCUUGAGCCAGCACAAGUUCGCCAGUAACGUGGUGGAGAAGUGCGUGACCCACUCUUCUCGGGCGGAGCGGGCCCUGCUGAUAGACGAGGUGUGCUGUCAGAACGACGGGCCCCACAGCGCCCUCUACACCAUGAUGAAGGACCAGUACGCCAACUACGUGGUGCAGAAGAUGAUCGACAUGGCCGAGCCCGCCCAGCGCAAGAUCAUCAUGCACAAGAUUCGGCCCCACAUCGCCACCCUGAGGAAGUACACCUACGGGAAGCACAUUUUGGCCAAGCUGGAGAAGUACUACAUGAAGAACAACUCUGACCUGGGCCCCAUCGGUGGCCCCCCCAACGGGCUGAUGUAGGCAGCAGCGCCCCCUUCCUCCCCCAAAUCGACCCCCCUCCUCAACGACGGGACUUACCAAAAAGAAAUCAUCUUAACCUAAGAGUAACGCUGUGAUCAUGACCCCCCCCCCGUUCAUGAGCGCCCCCUUCAAAGCCGCCGCCGCCCCCCCCCCCCCCCCCAAGCUGGGCUAAGCACAGAACGCAUGUACAUGAUGUUAAUUGUAUCAAAACUGGUUGUCAUAUAUUUUGUAAAUUUUUACCUUGUAAAUUCACUGUGUACAAAAAAAAUGAGUAGUUUUUAAAAAGAAAAAAAAGUUUACUGUUCUUACAGCUGCACCAGCAUGUGAGUUGAAGAUGAUGAUGAUGAUGAUGAUGAUGAUAAUGAUUCUGGCAACUCCGCACAACCGAGACAUCCCUCAUGUUGCUGUUCUUUUGGGUUUUCUUGUUAUCGUACCCGAGGGGACCCUGUUUUCCGGCCGUACGGAGGGGUAGAGGGCAGGUACAGAGUCCCAGGCACACACUAGUCCUCCCAUGACAGAGCCCACUGUACACCAGGACUUGACGCAGCUCCAUCGGAAAAAUGAUUAAUUUCACCUCCAUUAUGUUUUUCGUUUUGAUGAAUAGCGCUGACCGGAUGAGUUUUAACAUGAAGCUGCUGUGUACGUUUCCCCGGGGAAGAUUUAGUCUGUAACACCGUGCGUGUCUGUGCCUGACGUCCCCCCUCCGUACAGCUCUUUAAAAGGGUUCCACACAAACAAAGCAUGUUGGGUUCAGUUGUAUUUUCAUAGAUUUAAUCUCACUUUUUUUUUUUUCUCACAAAAGGGCAAAAGUUUUUUGUUUCUUGUGUUACUUGACACGAUGUUAAUAAGAGCAAUGAUUUUAAACAUUCAUCUCCAGUUUGUGAAAAGUCCAGCCAUUUUGUUUUGAGAGAUGAACACUGCCCUAUAUAUAAAUAUAAAUUAUAAAUAUAUAUAUAAUUUUUUUUUUAAACAAAAGCCGUUCUGUGAUGUAUAGCAGCCUUGUACAUAAGUAAAUAUUAGUUUGGUUUUGGCAGAGGGCGGAGCCAAACAUGGGCGGUUCCUAGAGAAGAGGGAGGGGCUUUUUUAAAAGGGGGCGUUUCUUGGAUUCGGGGGGCGGGCUCUCCGUCGGCCUAUCGGAACGAGCCGCACGCUCUGCAUGUUUUAAACCCGUCACAGCGAACUGGGAGGAGAGAGAGGGUCUUUUACGUCGUCCUUAGCUUUCUUUUUUCUCUGAUAUAUUAGCGGCAGACGCGUAGGUGGUGAGCAGGUAGGGAGUGCCGUCGAAGACCGGGAGGGACACGCUCGACGCCUCCAUCUAAGGCUUGCAUGAUUAUACGAAUAGCCAUCGUUUUUUGCUUCAUAUAAAUAUGUAGUGUACGUGUAGUUAUUUACAUAGAUGUAAGUUUACAGUUUUUUGGGAAAAAGAAGAAGUCUUGGUUUGGUGGUUUAUUUUGAGCCUUUGCUAGCUUUGGUAGCAGUCGACGUCUGUACAGUUGUACAUUUGUAAACCUUACUGCUGUAAAUGUAAGUCUUUUACCCCUUUUGAAAAAAAAAAAAAAAAAAAAAAAAGCAAAAAUUUGAAUUUUAGUGUAUAUGCAUCACCCCCCAACCCCCACCCCCAAUCUGCCCCACUUACAUAUAGGGUAUACUGUAUAUUUCUUUGAAUCCAGAGUGAUUUUUAAAAAUCUUUAUAUGCCUUCACUAUCUAAAAUGGCAUUCUUUUUAUCCUUUGUUUGAAAGAAAAGUAGCCUUUUGUUUAUACUUCUAUCUGUUAAAUAUUCUGUUAAUAUUGACCUUUUUGAGAAACCUUACUGUGGUGCCUCGGUGCACGCCAUUGGAGGAGUCCGGUCGCUCCGUUACCAUGGAGACCCUUCCUUAUAUGGCCUGGGUGCACUGAGAGAGCGCUGUAUUUUGGAACAUCGACUAACUUGUAAGUGAAAGAAUGUAAGAUAUUGUCAAUUAUACAUCUGAACAUAUGAGGUUGUUACUCUAUAAAAAGUCAUGUACAUUUUCAGGAGGCCUUAUGUACAUUUUCCAGAAGUAAAAAAAUUAAGAGUAAAAAAAAAAAAACUAAAAAAAAAAAACUUUUUUUUUGCUGGCAGAAUUGUGACAAUAUGUACAAUUAAAACAAUUCUUUGUAACUUUUGACUCUGAAUAUAUUUUGAAGAAAGGAAAAAAAGUGGUUUGUAUAUUCAGCUUUGAAUAAUUGAAGAUAAGUUUGCUUUGUAUUCUCUUGGCUCUUAAGUGUCAGGCUUUGUGUUUUUUUUUUUUUUGUAUAGAUGACAGUUUUCUCAGGAGCUGAGUUUGGCUUUUCGCUAACACUUUACCUGAACCCUUCGUCAUACGGCUGACAACACUGUCACACAUGACAUAACCGCUGUCAAAUGAUGGCAUAACUGAUGGAUUUCAGGUUUUGUCAAAUGACUUGACUCAUCCUUUUGUCUUGAAAUUUUAUGACUUAACAUUUGUCAUAACGUUCACAGAUGAAACUGGCAGUUUUAUAUCGACUGACAUCCGUUAUCUUGUGACAACAGCCGCUAUGUCAUGUGUAUGUCAUGUGUAUGUCUGUGUCAUGUCAGCCCUGUGGCGAGGGGUUGGAGUAAAGUGUUUAGCGGCUUUUCUUUUAGUGGUGAACCCCCCCCCCCCAUAAGGGGAAGAGUCCUGAUGCCCUUUGUGUAGGAGACGUGAUGAUGAUGAUGAUGGUGGUGAUGAUGAUGGUGGUGAUGGUGAUGAAGAUGUUUUAGUUGGGCUGUGGAGGUUGUUGUAGGGGGGACUGGUGGUGUGGCGUGUUCUCCAGCCUUAACCCUGGUGUCGUCCAGGUAGCCCAUCCGUCUCCUGGGGAAACUCCCCUGCUGCUUCAACCUUUCACAUCAUUGGCUACAAGAUGGCAGUGGCAGUUUCCAUGGCAACCUUGUCGUUUUUUUUUUUUUUUUGAUGCAAACCAGAGGUGUUGCCUCAGUGGCUUUGUUUUUUUGGGGGUUUCUUCUUUUUCUUUCCUUUUCUAACAGGCUUAAAGGAGCCCCAGACUCGUUUGCCCAAGCCGGGUUGCUCACGGACCAGCUGAACUCAUUUCUGUUUGAUCUAGUCUACCACCGGGUUCCUCCGCUUUUCCUAACGGGGAUUGUUGUUAUUCAAGAAUUUGUAAAUGCUGUAUAAACAAUACAAAAAAGUGAAUAACACACGUGAA